GCAACCUGUGACAGACUUGGAGUGAACACUGUCUGAACAGGAACCUGUAAACUACUCCUUGCUGUUACCCCUCCUGACAUGGGUUACAUAUGGGGAUACCCCAGUCACCGGUGGAACAGAAAGAGGAGGAUAUGACACGGGUCAGGCACCAGGCCGUGCUCGUGAUGGUGCUGCCUGAGCACGGCCUGCCAACACGGCUAAGCUUUAUUUUGUUCGUCUAUCCACCUUGCAAGCGAAUUGCGCUGAAGGAGUUGGCCGGAUUCUGUUUCCCGAAUGGUGUCCAGGCCCAAGUGAUGGAGAAGACACCAUCGAUGAGCGAGCUAAACGAAAUUGUUUAUGGCCAGCCUCAUCAGAACCGGGACGAUCAGUCCUUUGUCUUCUUAUUGAAGGUUGCAGACAAUGUGACGCUUUAUGGAGUCUGUGUGGUCGUGGACGAGAUACUUCAACGACCGCCAAGGGUUAUGACUCUCAACUACAAGCAUUCACCCGUCCGGGCUCCAAUGAGUCGAUUUCUCGUGUCUGCGCCUCGCUGUUACUGCAUCUUGACGCAGAUGCCAUUCUUCGACCUUCACUUUGAAGUGCUUAAUUGUGUUCUGGCCCAGGAGCGGUUGGAUCGAAUCACGGCCUGUGUGAAUGAGUUGGCAUUGGCCGAGCAGAUUCCUUCACCCGUUGGAAAACCGAGCUGUGAAUCCGAGGAAGAGCAGAGCAAAGAAGGCUCUUCAGGGAAAGAGUUGGACCCUAUGUUCUGGAUGGACUUUGCAAUACCGGUAUCAAGUGUGCUGGGUGCAGCGGCGGCUGCUGCCGGCCUGAUUUCCGACUGUUCUUCCAAUCUUAAGAGGGCGUCAACUUCCUCCUCAACCAUUGGCUCCCCGUCUGGGGUCUUAUCGCUUUGGUCGCCAAAGUGGUGGGGCACAGACAGUGAGAAAGAGAAAGUAGACCCGCACCAAAUGAAAUGUCGUUGGUCGUUUGGAAGCGGAGGUGCUGUUGAUGGAAGCCCGGAAGAAAAGGAUCAAAGGGCCAGCAGAAGGCGUGGGGAAGGGGAUGCAACUGUAGGUAAGGAGAAGGAAAGAAGGAUUCUUUGGAUAGGUCCGCGUCGGAACGAUGCAGUUCAUCCGGUUGAUGAAAAGGAGGAGAAAUCUUCUGGAAGUCAUGCUGAUCACGGCAGCAGCGAGAAUGUCGACAGCGAAGCCACUCGGAGGGUCCAGCCCAGCCAGAAUGGAAGCGAAGGUGAGAAGUCCGAUCUACAAACGUGCAAGGGAUUUGCAACUGAUGCUUCUGUAGAAUGUAAGGAAACGUCUGCGCAGUGCACAGAACGUGGAAGCCACCAGAUGCGGGAGGAGAGCGCAAAGAAUGGGGCAGAGUUGGCAACGGCGGAAGUGUCUACGAGUAACAGAAGUGCUGCGGGGGAGAGUCAACUCGAUCUCAGGGAGGGUCAACGGACACGUGAAGAGAGUCUGUGGAGCGCUGCUGCAGAGGGUUGGCAUCGUGAGUGUACUAAGGAAGAGAGUGUUAGGCAGAGUAGGGAUAAUUGUGACGCGAGCAGGGUAACGAUAGAGUGCGCAUCAACAACAAACAUGGAAAGGAGUGGGAAUGCGGGAGCUAUGCCUGGCCCUGUGGGGAGGAGUGCGGAUGGGGAAGAAGGGUCUACCGUGCUUGGGGGGAGGUGCAAUGAACAACCAGCUUGUGCUGAAAAUGGCCCAACUACUAAGGAUCAAAGAGGGCAAGAAGAUGGAGCGGCAGAAGCGGGGGAGCGCCUAAGGCAUCUGGAUAACGACACUGCGCUAUGUGGAACUUCAGCUGGCCAAAGCCGAGAACCGGAGAGCCAGGAUAAGGGUGUGGGCUCGGGAGCUGUCAGUGCUGUUGGGAGCGAGUCAGUGGAUCCGCGUGUUGGCAUGUCCGAGUCGAUGGCAUCGAGAGGUGGUGGUAUAACUGCAAGUGCAGCACCAAGUGCCAAUGGGAUGGACCAGUUUGAUGACAGGCUUUCCAUAUCGAGUCCAGAAGCUGUUGAGAGUCCUGCAGCAGCAACGCCGAAGAUGCUGAGCUCUCCAGGACCCUCCAGAGGGUUGAGAUCUGUCAGAAGUGCUGAAUCAUUGUGCAGUACGGAUACUUACGAUUCAGAUGAGGACUCGGCGGUGAGUGAUUCUGGCGCAUCGGAUGUGGACAGUGGGGCUGGCCUGGCUGCUGCCGCUGCAUGGGCUGAGACGCUCAGCGACCACGUUCAGCAACGACCGGCCGCUGUCGCCAAGGAAUGGAAGAUGCCGAACUUCAAGAUCGAGAAGUUCGAUGACUAUGACAAGACUGAUCCGCUGCAAUGGUGGAUGGCUUUCAACGCGGAGGCGGAUGUACAUCCCACUCCAGAACUACGGCGGCUUGACGCACUCUACGUCCAACUUAUCGGAGGGCCACAGGCUUUCAUGACCCACAUGGCCGUCACGUUGGAAUGCACCAUCGCUACCCUCCACACCAAGAUUAUGUGGGAGGAAUUCGAGAAGAAAUGGAAGACCCGGUUCAUGGUCAACAACGACAAGCGUCACGCCUUGAACAAGAUCUUCCGCAAGUUUCAAGGCCAGCAACCUUCACGGGAGUGGCUGACGGAAUGGCAAAGACUCGUCGCCACCCCGGAGUUGAACUUACCGUUCGACGCAAUCCGGGCCGAAUUCUUCGCUUGGUCAUGCGACGCCUUGACAACUGCUCUCGGCAGCGAAUUCCAGUAUGAGACCUUUGAUGACAUGAUCUCAAAGGCAAGAGAACUAAUCCAAGUACCACCUCCGUCGACGGACGGCGGAGUAGCAGUUGUUGGCCUUCGUAGCUAUCUUGCGAAGAUCGACCGCGAGCACGCAACGCAAUGUGGGAAGAGCACUAGCCCCUAUACCCAGGCUCAACAAGAGCAGAUGGCCGCCUUAGUGAAAGAGAAUAGAGAGAGGAAAGAGCUCCUGAAGCAAGCGAAAUUGAAAGCAAUCACAGAGGAGCAGGCGGCGAAAAUGAAGACAUUGGAGGAGGAGAUGGAGGAGAAGAAAAGGGCUGCCGAGGAGGCAGCGGCAGCAGAGGAAGCAGAAGAGAAAGACGCAGGGAAGCAAAACGGGAGAGUAGUGGCACGCAGAAUGAGGAUGCAGAGAUGGAGAAGAAGAUCAGCGAGUGGAUAUCCAAUUUAUCAUUGGGGGAAGAUGAGGAGGCAGUUGUAUGUGCCACAGGAGGAGAAGGCGGCGUUGGCCAGGGCACUAGCAACGAUUGAGGACCCCCUGGAACGACAGGAGACGGAGGAGGAGAAGAAGUUGGAGUGGAAAUUGAGAAUGGAGAGGGAGAAGAAGAGGAGGAGGGAGGAAGUUAAUCGGUUGACCACAGAGGUGGAGAAGGUGAGAGCUUGUAGGCAAGAAGUGCAGGCGCAGGCAGAUGUCUCUGCCAAAAUGGAUAAGAUGCUGGGGUACCUGGAGGUAUUGAGUGAGGCCUGGCUGGAGGAACGCCAAGCCAACUGGGGUCACGAUGUGGCCCUGAAUGCCAUGCGGUCAGGGUUUCGAGAGUUUGCGCGCGACAUGGUUACCCACGUUGGGGCCGAAGUCAGGCGGUUGAGAGAUAACGUGGGGAAGUUCUGUGAAGGCGCCAUUGAGGGCGCCAAAGCAGUAGCCACCGUCGCGAGCGAGGCCAGACCCCGCAAGGACCCAGUUAAGCUCAAGUUCCCAGACGCAUACGGCGGGAAGCCCGAGGAGAAUUUCGAUAACUGGGAGUCUAGCGUAAACAGGAAGUUUGUGAGGAACUUCUCUACUAUUGCCACUCCCUUGCGCAGGUUGCUCAAGAAAGAGGCGAUAUGGCAAUGGGAUAAAGACUGCACUUCUGCGCUAAAGAAAUUAAAGCGCGCAUUGAUAGAGUAUCAUGUCCUCAAGGUAGCAGAUCCGUCUUUGCCGUUUGUCGUUACCACGGAUGCGAGUCGGUAUGGAAUAGGCGCCGUGUUACAGCAGGACGACGACAAUGGCUACAAACUCGUAGAGUUCAUGUCAGCGAGGAUGCCCUCAGAGAAGGUAGCUACCUCGACAUAUGAGAGAGAAUUCUACGCUCUCAGGCAGGCUUUAGAGCAUUGGAAGCAUUACCUGCUUGGGAGGCACUUCAAGGUGUACUCCGACCACGAGACGCUUAGAUGGUUGAAGACACAGGGCAAGAUGACACCUAAGUUGACUAGGUGGGCCGCAGAGAUAGACCAAUUCGACUUUGAGCUCAAGCCAGUGAAGGGCAAGUACAAUGUAGUUGCGGAUGCUCUAAGUAGGAGAAUAGACUACUUUAGAGCCAUAGUUCACUAUCUGGACAUAGGGAGUGAUCUGCAGGAGAAAGUUAGACAAGCGUAUGCGCAGGACCCUAUCUAUAGUGACCUCCUCAAGAGAGUUAAGGGACCCCCAGAGACAGAGUCAGAUUAUCGCACUACAGAGGGUUUACUUUUUGAGAAGACUAAUGUAGUAGACCGCCUAUGCAUUCCCAACAGUGAGGAAAUCCGCAGUCUGAUCCUAGGGAAUGCCAUGAUACAGAGGGACACUCUGGCAAACGGUGUCGAUUCGCUACGUAUUAUUUGUAUGUAUUAUCAGCAAACGGUACCCCCGAGAGGCGGUGAGAUGGUGUUCUGGCCAGUGGAACAUCUGCAGCCGAUCAGGUUCCGUCGUCCGGCAGCGAUCCCCCCACAUCUGGUUGGCCCGAAACUGACAGAUAUAUCCAGAUGUAAGACGAAGGCAGAAAUAUUGGAGGCUCAAGCAGCGCAAAUGACGGCGGAGGAGGCAAUGGCUGUUGCUCAGUGGGCUACGGCUACUUUGUGCAGGUCUUUGUCGGUAGAUAAUAUCUUGGCCAUGCUCUUAGCGGUAUUGCUGGAGAAGCAAAUGGUGGUGAUUUGCCCAAAUCUUGGUGUGUUGACGGCGGUGGUGCUGUCCCUCAUACCGAUGCUUCGCCCCUAUACAUGGCAGAGUGUUCUACUGCCUAUCCUUCCGUCUGACUUGAUAGCGUUCUUGGAUGCUCCUGUCCCGUUCGUGGUCGGCGUUCAGCACAAAACUACUGAAGUUAGAGCAAAGUCUGGUAAUCUGAUCCGGGUUAAUGUGUAUAAGGACCAGGUUAAGAAUCCGCAUUCCCUGCCGCAACUGCCCAGGUACCGGAGUUUAGCAGCUGCUCUUCAGCCAUUCCAUGAGAUAUUGGCCUCGGACAAGGAAGCAAGCAAGCGGCCUGUCAACAAAGUUACAGAGCAGCAGAUUUCAGCGUCAGAAGGGUUCUUGCAAGUUUUGCGAGCAUAUUUAGAAUCUCUGUGUGCCGACCUGCCAGCUCAUGCCAUCACAGACGUGCAGUCAUCAGAACGAGUCUCUCUCCUAUUGAAAGAAAGUUUUAUCGAUUCCUUCUCGUAUCAUCACCGUCCAUUCAUCAAGCUUUUUGUUGAAACGCAGCUCUUUGCCGUCUACACGGACGCUGUGUUGUCCAGCUGGCAUGGUUGAGCUGAAUGGCGGACAGUGUGUCGAUGUUCGUCCCCAAGACGACACCCUCCUGCUCCCCCAUAGAAUGUGUUUGUGGCAUGGUUCGGAUUCGAGCUUGUACUGGUCCUAUGCUGUCUACUGCUGGUUGCUCCCACACAGAAGAAAUAUAGAUGGGCCCGAGUGGAUCGCCGCCGAGUUGCGCUCAUCCCUGUACGCUGCUCGACCAUGGGCGAGGAGGACUCCAAAUGGAAGGCUGCAGACGGCGACAGCGAACCGAGGCUUGUCCUUGUCUUGAGGAGCACGAGCCGUGCACUUUGCGACACCUGGCUGUUUGCGACACCGGGCUGUCUGUUGCAGAGAGCUUCCUUCCUUGGAGUUCCUUGUUCCUUCAACUUUUGGCCUUGGGGUUUCAGAGGAGUCUCGGCUGGAAGAUUCGCGGUACCGUUUCAGAAGUUGAGCAUUUGUGCAGUUUACAUAUGCAUAUGGGGCUCUGCAAGGUUAGCGAUUUGAGAUGCUGGAGGCGUGUGCACAGUUUGUGAUGCCGAAGUUCGGUAAGGCAUUCGAACAAGGUUCACUUUGAAAUUCCCGGUUCUUGCCAAUUGAUUGCGCUCUAAACCAUUACGACAUCUGGGCCUACUCUGCCAAACCUAACAAGGUCCGGUGCCAAACCGGUUUUGUAGCUGUCCAAAAGAGGUGGAAAUCUGGGCCUAAUGUAGUAGUGGCUACCUUUGGAAAAAAGAAUCCCGUCCUAUGAAGCAGUGGCAUAAGAAGUUCACCUUCCCAGUUAUCACCAUGGAGUGCACUCUGGACCUACCGUCGUCACCCAAAUAGAACGCCCGGUCAUUAUAGCUGUAUUUGGCACAACUUUCAGCCCAGAUACGGCGAUAAUUACCGGGCGUUCUAUUCGGGUGAAGACAGUAGUCUGCCGAACCUAACAAGGUCUGGUACCGAACCGGUUUCUAGCCAUGCGAAAGAGGCGGAAAUGUGGGCCUAACGUAGUCGCUAACUUAGGAAAUGGAGGGCCGUCGUAUGAAGCGGUGGUAUAGGAGUACCGAAACCUCGAAGGAACUGGAAAUUCUGCAACUGGGGUUGGCUAUUCCACUGCGUACUCCCAGCAGACAUUUGCAGUCAGACAGAUCGCUUCCCAACAAUGGCAUCUCCUAGUAAGGUCUGCACGGGGUCGGGACCGCAAAUGGCCACAGAAUCGAGCUCAAUGCAUGGAACUGAGCUGACAAGAGAAGAGUCGGUGGCGCAGCACUUGGGAAGAGGAGGUUUGCCAGAGGACACACCUGAUUUGAUGCUAGAAGACACCUGUCUUGGGACAAGGUAGGUACUGGGUGUUGGUCGUCUAAGAGUCUAUAUAUGUGUGUAUAUUUUUAUAUGAAAGCUUGUACCAGGUAGGUCUCUGUCCCUCUAGUUAUUCUCCAGGAAGACGCCCGCGAGGAUUACCUAGACUUAAGGGCAGGGCUGCUUUAGUGUGUUGAAGAGUAUGUUGAAGUGGUCGGUAGAAGCUUGAAAUGGAUACCAAAAAUCUAUGAAGUGCUUCCCACCCCUGCAUGUCCUGAUGAUUUGGCCACAGCUGCGGUUUCACAAGGGGCGAAGUGGGGCUUGUUGUGGUUGUUGACGGAAGCAAUACGAUAAU